AUGCCCCCUUGCGUACAAGAGAAACCGGAGGCGUCAUACCAUGAUUUCUACACUAGGAUCCUCCAAACGUACUUUCCAAGGUAUAUGGGAAAUUUAAUCAUCGAUAUACAGCAGUACUAUAACAUCUUAGAAGACCUAAAAGGGUGGGAGGUUAUAUUUACAGACGGCUCAAAAAGCAAGAAGGGAGUUGGUUGUGCAUUUUACCAGCUUUCGAACAAGGUGUCCAAGUUAUUUAAACUUGGAGAAAUCGUAUCCAUUUUUACAGCGGAAGCAAUAGCAAUACUCGAAGCAUUAAAAUACUUUAAGAUCCACAGGGUAACUAAGAACCUUGCUAUUAUGUCAGACAGCAGGAGUGUUUUGGCCGGAAUCAAUCAGAGGAAGCAUUACUUUCACACCCACCCGAUAAUUACAGCAAUCAUCGCGGAGUCUAAUAUUAUUCAGAAAGGUCAUAUGGUCAAAUUUUUCUGGAUCAAGGCCCAUUCCGGGAUACAUGCUAAUGAAAUGGUAGACGGAUUAGCGAAACAGGCAGCGCAAGAUGGGGUUAAACUCAGUUAUGAUACCCCAAAGUCCGACCUCCUCAACUUCUUUAAAGGCAAGAUGUUAGACGAGUGGGAUAAUAAUCAUUGGAAAGAGUACUAUGAAGAACGGAGAACGCAGUAUAGUACAAUUGAGCCCACGGUGAAAUUCAAACCAUGGUACAUCAAACAUCAUAUCCCAAAAAAAUACUACGUCUCAAUUGCACGUCUUAAAUUCGGACAUGGACGAUUUCUUUCUCAUCUCCACAGAAUUGGGGUGGUUGACUCGCCAAUGUGUAUGUGCGGGGCGGAGAUUGGCGACUUGAAUCAUAUAUUUUUAAUUGCGCGUUGA